CCGAGGUGACGUCAUUUGUCCGUAUUAAAAUUGUUGACGUCACGUGGCCGAACGACGUCACGCGCCUCGCCGCCUCCGCCGUUGAUUCUCAAGAGUUCGCCGCCGUUCCAGUCUCCCGCUUCAUUUCGUCGUCGCCGCCGCCGCAAUGUCGAUCGGCGUCCCCAUCAAAGUGCUUCACGAGGCCGAGGGCCACAUCGUGACGUGCGAGACGAACACGGGCGAGGUGUACCGAGGCAAGCUCGUGGAGGCCGAGGACAACAUGAACUGCCAGAUCUCAAACGUGACUGUGACGUUCCGGGAUGGACGCGUGGCCCAGCUCGAGCACGUCUACAUCCGCGGCAGCAAAAUCCGCUUCCUCAUAUUACCGGACAUGCUCAAGAACGCGCCCAUGUUAAAGUCUGUCAAAAACAAAAACCCAUCGGCAGGAGCCGGACGUGGCAAGGCAGCCAUCCUCAAGGCACAGGUGGCAAGAGGCCGAGGUCGUGGUGGCUUCAGUCGCGGAAACAUCUUCCAAAAACGCCGAUAGAUGGGAGGGCUGAUGGGGGACCGAGAUGCGAAAAACCAACUAAAAAUUUAUGUGAUUUUGUAGAAUUGCAGUCUUUGGGUGUGGCUCCAGUUUUACUGGCUCAUUUUAUACAACAAUAUUUCUGUAAACAAACGUUUUGGAUGAUGGUUACUUCAUAGCCACACGUAAGGUGUCUUGAGUUUCAACAAUAAACAUUAUUUUGAAAUUAAAGCUUAGUUUAUCACCAGCAUGGUUGACUUCGUACUGUGCGAAAGACGUUCAACAUACAUAGCGUGAUGGUAUAUCAUUUUUCAAUAAAAGUUAGCCAAAGUGGCUUUUCCCGUUUGUAUGUUAAUUUCCAUUAAAGUGUCUGUACAAAGGACUUUGUCAGUGUUGAUGCAGAGUGUACCAUUUGUCAUUGCUGAAUGAAAGCUGGUAUUUUUGUAAAACUUGUUAAGUGGACCAUUACAUAUUAAACAAAUUGGGGAAAGGAAACGAUAAAACGCAAACCAAACUGAAAUGGCCCCAGUUAUGGGUCGGUGUGUGUGGCUUUGUCUUGAUCACUGGUGGGAAUGGGAUCAGAAUAAGGACGAAAGCCGAUUUGUAUUCAAACUAAAUACCGUUCAUCUGAUGGGACUGAAUGAAUGCAGCGCUUUAAUUUAAAACUAAUGUAUUCAUUGGUGAACAAAUAUUUUGUCGUGUCGGUAUUUUUUAACCUCGUUUGCAAAAUUCUCCGGAAUGUGUCGGGUGGUGAGAUUGCAUUUAUUGACAUGGUUUGGCCCAGAAAUGCGUUACGAGGUGGAGUGUGCCCCUUUUUAAUGAAUAAUUCAACUUUUUAUAUAAUUGAGUUGAGUUAUAUUGCUAUUACUGACUCUGUUGCUCGGUUGUUUCUAUUAUAAAUCUUCAUGUGCCGAUUUAAAGACUGGCAAUCCGAAAACAAUUUUAAAAAGUAGCAAAGCGAUACGUAAAAUGUGCACAAGCAACAAAAUCUGUGAUGGCAAAGCGAGUAUCGCAUUUAAGUAAUUUAAUGUGGUGACAUCACGGCGAUGCUAAUGAUACAACACGCUCGGUGCGCGUAACAUUAAUA